UGGCAGCGUACUCCCGAACGUAAACAUUGAGGCUGGAGGCGAAGCAGAAGGAGGCGGUGUGAUGGACCUCCUUCCCUCUUUUUAACAGAUUGACGCUCUUUUGUCGAAGGAGAGGUGUUUUAAGAUGUGUGUGUUGUGAAAAUUCUCUGGAAAGACCUAAGAGGAAUGCAAAACUCCAGUCCAGAAUGGCUCGAGUCAGCCAUGGCUUCUAGUGUGGUAGUGUGGCCCCCAUGGCCCUCGGAGUGGCUUCAGGGGGGCCAUGUGGACAUGUUGGCUGGCCUGGCAGAAAAGUACCAGCCAUGGUUGUGCUCGGUGGUUGCCUCGGUGGUCGUAGGGCUGGCUGGAAUCGUGCCGCUCCUCCUCAUCCCCAGCGACUACGAAAUCAAAUCCAACAGCGGCGGAAGGAACGUGUUGCAGCUGCUGUUAAGUUUCGCGGUGGGCGGCCUCCUGGGCGACGUGUUCCUGCACCUGCUGCCGGAGGCGUGGAGCAUGGCGCUGGACGCUGGGGCAGGUACCCAUGAGGCCUUCACUCAAGUGGGUCUUUGCGUGUUGGCUGGAAUCUUCGUGUUCAUCAUAGUGGAGAUGAUGGCUUCAAACGAGUCUCCCGAGCCACAGAAUAAUAACUCUAAGGAAAAAAUUGGGGAAAAUAAGAAAGAUGUAACUGGCUACUUAAACCUUAUAGCAAAUGGUAUUGACAACUUUACUCACGGACUGGCCGUAGCCGGUUCAUUCAUGGUUUCCUACAAGACGGGAAUACUUACAACUGGUGCUAUACUCAUUCACGAAAUCCCCCAUGAGAUUGGGGACUUUGCCAUUCUACUUAAGUCUGGUUUUAGCCGCUGGGAGGCAACACUGGCACAACUUUACACUGCAGGAGUUGGCUUACUGGGUGCACUCUUCACACUCUUCAUUGGUACUACUGAGGCCCUUGCGGGGGUACAAGUGUACAUCCUUGCCUUUACUGCAGGAGGCUUCCUCAACAUCGCUCUUGUGACUGUACUGCCAGAGCUUUUGCAGGAGGAACGCCCUGCUCAGUCUUGCGCACAGCUGCUGUGUCUCCUUUUGGGUACCUUCACCAUGGCCACAGUCGCUACCACAUGCUGAAGGACAGGCAUACUUCAGUUUUCUCUUCCGUCUUGUCUUGUGUUCUAGGGGCUGUGAUGUCCUCAUGCCUGUCGAGGAGAGCUGGUCAAUUUUUCCUAGUUGGUUAGGAGUAAUAUUUUUUUCGUCUCCCAAGUGUAGAGAAAUAGUGUUAGAAUUUUAAUAUGUUUCUUUCAUAUAGACUGCAGGUAUAAUGUAGUGAUGUGUUCUGCAUGGAUAGAAAGUUCAGAAAGAGUUAUACUGGAUUUCUUUUGUCUCUCUUUUUUGUAUUUUACAUUACAUAUCAUAAAAGGAAGAAAAUAGAUGAAAAACAUGGUAAUGUGAAUAUACAAAUUUCCAGGUUGUGUUGAAGAAGGGGUGAAUCAUAUAGUUCAACUCUACUAAUAUUAUUGGUCCUGAAGUCCAGUGGUUUCACCACAUUCAACUUUACUAACCAAGUUGUGAGUGAGUGAGUCCCAGACACAUGUAAAGAAGAAAUGCAGGUCUUAUAACACAGUGGCCUCGUGCAAAGGCAUCAGUCAGGAAAGUGAUGCCAGGUUCCACUUAAAGGCCUUCAUAUUAGAAAUGAGGACCAUAGCCAUAUACAGUGCAACUUCCUAUCUGCAGUGUUUACAAAGCAUUUAUACAGCAAGAUUAUAUAUCCUUGCAAUGUGAAGAAACCUCUCACUAUUAAAUACAAAAAUAGAUAUGUUAUAAAGACAUGAUAAGUAGAUAUAUAACUUUAUUAAAUCUAACCAAACAUUUCACAGAACAAACUCUUAUACAUUUCAGUGAAGUACUUCUAGAUGAGUAAGAUUGUGACAUGAAUCCAAUGUUCCAUUUCUACUGAAGGAAUUUUACAUCUCUAGCAUAUUCAGUUCAAUAUUUUCAUUGAAGAUAGACAUCUGUGUAUAUAUUUAGAAUUUAGACCUCAAUUCACAUUUUCAUUGAAGCACCAUCGAUAAUAUAUUCUUGGAUUUAAGACAAAUACUUUGGAUAUUCGGAAAAUGUUAUUUUGAUGCAACAUUUUAGAUAAAAUGCAGAGGUGGCAUGUCUUUUUUUUAACUAAUUUGAAAUUUGAUAAUAUAUAGUAUAUUACACAUUUCUUGCACAUUCAUUCAUUGAUACCUAGAAGAUAUUAGCUUUUAUUGCAGAGUAAGACCUGAGCUGUGUAUAUAGCAGCUAAUAAUUCAAACCUGUAGUUUAGUAGACAUUCGAAAGUUACUCUUUCAAAAUUAGUUUUUAGAAACAGAUUUAGAAAUUCAGAAACAGAUAUGUGGCUGUGAAAACCUUCAUUUACUAUUAUAUAUAUAU